CAAUCAUAUGAGGGGACCCCAAGUCCAGUCGGCCAAUAGGGACAGAGGUCUGGGUAUAAAUGCCUAAGUCCAUCACCUGGCAGAGUUGGGCAACCCCUAUAUUUGGUGGACAGGAUCUGAUCCCGGGAUCUGUUACCUCUUUCUUUUCUCCUAAGCAGACGGAGUAAGAAUCGCAGCCAUGACGAAGAACUGCCACAACGACUACAAAAUGAAGUUCUCCUUGGACGACGAGUUCCCCGAUCUGUCCCUGCACAACAACCACAUGGCCAAGGUGCUGACCAAGGAGAUCUAUGGCAAGCUGAGGAGCAAGUCCACCCCCAGCGGCUUCACCCUGGAUGAUGUCAUCCAGACUGGUGUUGACAACCCUGGUCACCCCUUCAUCAUGACCGUGGGCUGCGUAGCUGGUGAUGAGGAGUCCUAUGAGAUCUUCAAGGAUCUGCUGGACCCCGUCAUCUCCGACCGUCAUGGCGGCUACAAGCCCACCGACAAGCACAAGACCGACCUGAACUUCGAGAACCUGAAGGGUGGUGAUGACCUGGACCCCAACUACGUGCUGUCCAGCCGUGUGCGUACCGGCCGCAGCAUCAAGGGAUUCACCCUGCCCCCCCACAACAGCCGUGGAGAGCGCAGAGCCAUUGAGAAGCUGUCCAUUGAGGCCCUGUCCAGCCUGGAGGGUGAGUUCAAGGGAAAGUACUACCCCCUGGAAGGCAUGACCGAUGCUGAGCAGGAGCAGCUGAUCGCUGAUCACUUCCUGUUUGACAAGCCCGUGUCCCCCCUGCUGACCUGCGCUGGUAUGGCCCGUGACUGGCCCGACGGCAGAGGCAUCUGGCACAACGACAACAAGACCUUCCUGGUCUGGGUGAACGAGGAGGAUCACCUGCGUGUCAUCUCCAUGCAGAAGGGUGGCAACAUGAAGGAGGUCUUCAGACGCUUCUGCGUUGGCCUGCAGAAGAUUGAGGAGAUCUUCAAGAAGCACAACCACGGCUUCAUGUGGAACGAGCAUCUGGGCUACAUCCUGACCUGCCCCUCCAACCUGGGAACCGGCCUGCGUGGUGGUGUGCACGUCAAGCUGCCCAAGCUCAGCACACACGCCAAGUUUGAGGAGAUCCUGACCAGGCUGCGUCUGCAGAAGCGUGGCACAGGUGGUGUGGACACAGCCUCCGUGGGUGGUGUGUUCGACAUCUCCAACGCUGACCGUCUGGGCUCCUCCGAGGUGGAGCAGGUCCAGCUGGUGGUUGACGGUGUCAAGCUGAUGAUUGAGAUGGAGAAGAAGCUGGAGAAGGGAGAGUCCAUUGAUGGCAUGAUCCCCGCCCAGAAGUAAAGUGGACAGACAACCAAUGACUGAAUGACUGUCUGUGUUUGUUUUUUUGUUUUUAUAUUAUAAAAAAAUGAACAGGUAGCCAUGUUGUAAAGUUAUCUUACUGGCUACUUCCUGCUUACUUCUUCCCGUAAAGAAGACACUCCACUUUUCUCUCCACUCCUUUCUUUCUUACUUACUUCUGUUAACCUUACUCAUCUCUUCUUUUCCUGCCUUUUUCUUUGGGUCCUAUAAGUUCCUGUCACUUUAAUAAUCUCUCUCCCCAUCUUCUCUGUAACAUCCUGGGAUCAAUCCAUGCAUAGUCUGGUCAUGGCUAUGUAUAUUCACCCCCCAAAAAACUAAAACAUUUUUUUGGUUGUAAAAUAUAACUGGACAAUUAAACUGUGCCCCCUGGAACAAUCAAA